AUGGGCCUGGAGGAGUGUGAAUACUGCUCAAUUCAUGGGACUGUGAAGGAGCUGCCACACCUCCAGGAGGGACCAGCAGCCGGGCUGACACACUUGCCAGGGGCACAAGAAACCACUUGUGAUAAGCAGGGGAACACUACUUGUGAGCGUGCAGUGAGUGAAGAUGUGGACAAUGGAAUCAGCAGCAGUGAUGGCAGUGUGAGGGAGCCCCUGGGUCCCCAGGGCACAUCAGCAAGCGGCCAUGGACACAGAAGCAUCCUCAGAAGAUUGCCGGGCAAGGGCUUCAACUGCCAUCCCGUGCACAUCUUGGUGCUGAUCCUGCUCCUGUCGCUGCUGCUGGCGUUGGCGGUGGCCUUGGCUGUGCAGUCAGCACCACAGGUUCCAGUUCCACCUGCGACUCCGCUCUUGGUUCUGGGCUGUCCCCAUGGCUGGGUUGGGUACAAUGGAUUCUGCUACUACUUCUCAAGGGAUCAGGGCACCUGGGAUCAGGGUCAGGAGCGGUGCUCCGAGUUCGGGGCCUCCCUGGCCAUUCUGAAGGAUGAGGAAAUGGAUUUGUUCUUCCGCCUCCGCGGGAACGUCGAUUACUGGCUCGGGCUGCGCAGACGGGGCGAGCACCUGCAGUGGGAGGACGGCAGCAGCUUCAGCUCCUCGGUUCCUGUCCUUGGCAAUUCCGAGUGUGUGUGCCUGGCUGACCAUAAAUUCAGGAGUGUGCCCUGCUCCAAUCCGCAGCCGUAUCUGUGCAGCAAGGCCCGAGCUCCCCUGUAACAGGGGCUGGAGAAAGGAGCUUCUCCACGCUGGGCAGUCCCAGCUUCACCUGUGAGCCCGGCACAGGGCUGUCCUUUCUCAGCUGCACCCUGUGCCUUGCACUUGCUCUCAGGGUCACCUCAGUGCCUGUUCAUCCCCAGUGCCAGCGCUGGGCUGGCUGUUCAAAGGAAAAGUCUCUGCAAUCCAUGCUGCCAGCCAUGCUAGCCGGAGUGAGGGGAUUGCCCUCAUUGCACAGCAAGCUGGAAUGGGAAAUCCAAAUGGCCCUGGGCUCUUGGAAAUCAUCACUGAGUGGCCUGAAGGUGAGACUUUUGGACUGUCGUGGGAUGAAGAA